CUGAUUUUUGAAUUUCAGUAGAGAUGGGGUUUCACCGUGUUGGCCAGCCUGGUCUCGGACUCCUGACCUCAAGCGAUCCGCCCACCCCUGCCUUCCAAAGUGAUGGGAUUACAGGCGUGAGCCACGUGCCCGGCCCAGAAGCAGACAGGCCCAGCGCAAAGGCUGCAAGGCGGCCCCGGCAGCUUUUGCAGGACGAUGAAUGCACCCAGAGCACUGCGCUCAGAAGGUCACAGGUAAACCCGCGUCCGGACUAACCGGCUGCCCCGACACCUGACCCUUCCCAGUCUGACUCUGCUCCAAGGCGUACCAGGGUUCACUCGCGAAGUCACCACACCGACUCAAGGGGCACUUCCGACAGAGAUGGGGUACUGGAGGAAGGGCAGAUGCCAACGGCCAACGCCAACAGCCUGGGAAGCCGCCAAGGCGGGCUCCAAUCUCUGCCGGCAGCCCCCGUCCGCACCGCUGACGUCCCCAGCUACGAGGGUCACCUCGCCCCGCACCGCAGUGACGCUAGGAGGGGAUGGGCCCAACAGGGAAGCCCCAGGGAAACGCUCAGCCCUCCCCGCGCCCCCGAGACGACUUCUGAAGAGCGGCGUCCGGGGUUUCGCCCUCCCCUCACAGCCCCUCCACGCCUGUUCCUGACUGCCUGCCUGGCCUCACCCGGCUUCCGGCCGCCCCCUGCCAGUCUCCCCUCAGGCCCGCAUCGGAGACGCAGAGGGCUGUGGCCCCGCCGAGCGCAGCUCCGAAGGCCUGCACCGAGGCAGGGCCCACGGAGGACACGGCGCGGCCCAAGGAGCCAAACGGAAGGAGGGCCCCGGGAGGGCGCAGACUGCUUACCUGCCGCAGGUCGCUGUCGCCCGUCCGCCAGCCACCAGUCAGCGUGCCCGUCAGCGACUCCCUCCCGCACCGCUGUCCGCGCAGCCCAGCGGGCGGGCGCGAGACCGGCGCGACGUGAGCACGCAACGCGGGGUGGGGCCUGCGGAGGACACGCCCUUUGUAGCGGGCACGCCCUCGCGAGAAGCUGGAAGCGGAAUACGCUGCUUCUCCAGGUCCCUGGAGGUUGCAGACUCAGGCUCUGCUUAGCGCGAUGGAGUCUCGCUCUGCUGCCCAGGCUGGAGUGCAAUGGUGAGGUCUCAGCUCAAUGCUACCUCCGCCUCCCAGUUUCAAGCCAUUCUCCUGCCUCAACCUCCCGAAUAGCUGGGAUUACAGGCACCUGUCACCCCACCUGGCUAACUUUUUAUAUUUGUAGUACAGACAUGUUUCACCAUGUUGGCCAGGCUGCUCUUGAACUCCUGACCUCAAGAUCUGCCCACCUCAACCUCCCAAAGUGCUGGGCUUACAGGCUUGAGCCACCAUGCCCAACCUAAUCACUCUUUUUUUUUUUUAUGAUGCACUGUCUGCUUUCAUAAUAUCUUAAGCAAUUCUUAAACAAGAGCUUAUGAUUCCAGUGUCAGAGAUCCUAACUACAGGAACAAUGGGGAGGCAAAAGGUCAGUUAUCAGUGACUUUCAUUACAAGGAAGUGGGUCAAAGUACAGUAAGCCUGAUUCGUGCUUAAUUAUAUGUCUGUCCAGAAUUCUUGUUAACCAUGUGAGGAAGGCUCAAAUAUAUUCAUUAUGGUCCCCUUCCCUUUUUUUAAGAGAUAGGGUCACCAUGCGCGGUGGCUCACCCCUAUAAUCCCAGCACUUUGGGAGGCCGAGGCGGGUGGAUCACGAGGUCAAGAGAUCGAGACCAUCCUGGUCAACAAGGUGAAACCUCGUCUCUACCAAAAAUACAAAAAAUUAGCCAGGUAUGGUGGUGCGUGCCUGUAAUCCCAGCUACUCGGGAGGCUGAGGCAGGAGAAUUGCCUGAACCCAGGAGGCGGAGAUUGCGGUGAGCCGAGAUCGCGCCAUUGCACUCCAGCCUGGGUAACAAGAGCGAAACUUCGUCUCAAAAAAAAAAAAACGAGAGAUGGGGUCUUAAUUUGUCACCCAGACUGGAGUACAGUGGCACAAUUUUGGCUCACUGCAGGCUUGACCUCCUGGUCUCAAGCAAUCCUCCUGCCUUGGCCUCCCAAACCACUAGAAUUACAGGUAAGCCACUGCACCAAGCCCAGGGUCAUUUUUUAGUUUGCUUUUUAGUUUUUUGUUUGUUUGUUUUUAGACUAGUCUCAUUUCUGUUGCCCACACUGGAGUGCAGUGGCCUGAUCUCGGCUCACUGUAGCCUUGGCCUCCCGGGUUCAAGCAAUUCUCUGCCUCAGCCUUCUGAGUAGCUGGGAUUACAGGUGCCCACCACCACACCCGGGCUAAUUUUUUUGUAUUUUUAGUAAAGACAGGGUUUCACCAUCUUGGCCAGGCUGCUCUUGAACUCCUGACCUCGUGAUCCACCUGCCUCGGCCUCCCAAAGUGCUGGGAUUACAGGCCAGGAAUUCAAGACCAGCCUGGCCAAUAUGGUGAAACCCUGUCUCUACCAGAAAUACAAAAAUUAGGUGUGGUGGCAUGCACCUGUAAUCCAAGCUACUCAGGAGACAGGCAGGAGAGUUGCUUGAACCAAGGAGGCAGAGGCUGCAGUGAGCCAAGAUCGUGCCACUUUAGCCUGAGGGACAGAGUGACACCCUGUCUCAAAAACAUAGAAAAUAAAAUAAAAAUUUUAUAAGUGAGUUAGGCAAGGAAGAAAUCCAGCGGACAAGGCCUCAAGGGAUAAAAGUCAUAGACAUAGCUUUAAUUAUUUUUACCUGACACCCAAUACCUGAAAAUUCAGGUGUUCAUGUGUGCUAUAGCUGGAACCUGAGCAACGCCAUUUUAUAAAAGACAAAGCUGUUUUCCAAAAAUAAGUUGUAACGGCUGCCCCAUUCUCCUCACAAUGACUGCUAACCUUGGCUUCUGUAAAUAAAACUGCUUACCUUUUCUUACCAGUGCCUGCCAGAAUUGUUGGCCUUUGCUUACCAGAAUAAGCAGCCCAAGCUAAUUCCAUCCUGGCCCCUGCGACUUGCAAUAAGUAACUAAAAUCUGUGGAUUCCACUACUGCCCAGACCAUGUGUAAACUAACGCUUAUCUUGACUUCUGUAAACCACUUAGGUAGCAAUCGAAGUGACAAGUCCCCUAGCCCUUGGAAUGUCCGGAGACCCGCACCCUCCUCUCUGCUGGGGAGGUGCCCCCUGGCCUUCAGAAUGUCUGAAUCCCUUCACCCCCACCCCCGCCCCACAGGCUCACCCCGGAGGUGGUUUACGGGCAUAAAAAGGUCUUGUCACCCUCCAUUCGGGGCCACUGGUUGGAGAAACUUGAGUCCUCCGUGGUCGCCGGCAAUUAAGACCCUGCAAUUUGGCAUAUUUUUGUCUUGUGUUAAUUUUAUAAUCUCUCAUUUAAAUACUUCACA